AUUUCGAAUUGUCAUCACAUUUUGAAUCAUUUCCCGAAGUUAAUCGGACGAUCGAGAUGAAAAAGAAUAUUCUGAUCAUUAUCGGAAUUCUUUUGAUAUCAGUCUUCUGUAUAUCUUCUGGUUCAGCGCCAUUCAAGCAAUCGGAAACUGCCAAAACUUCAGAUUUCACUGCUUUUUCCAAUGCUCAUAAUAUUAUCAUAGCUUCUGGUUCAUCGCCAUCCAAGCAAUCGGAAACUGCCAAAACUUCCCAUUUCACCGACUUUUCCAAUGCUCAUAACGUUAUCAGAGAUUCUCCACCACAAUUCAAACCGAACAAGUUUUUGCAUCGUGUGAAAAGAGCAGAAAAUGACUAUGCCUAUUCACUACUCAUGAAACGUAUUCCAAUGCUUGCUCGUGUCGUGAGUGCAAUUAGCCUCUAUAAUGGAUUAGUUGACAACUCGAUUCCAUCGGAUGAAGCUAUCACUGACUUAUUGAAUAUUGGAGGUGUCAAACUGAAAGACUUGGAGACGUUCGAUAAGACAAAGGUGGAUGAUGUUAUUGCAAAAUGGGAGGAAGCCAGUGAAAAAAUAUCAGGAGCAGGCUCUGUGGAUCUUCAUAAAGCAAUUGUAGAUGCUCAAACUGUCAGAACAAUGUGGAAGAAUGUUGGCGAUUUGAAUAGUAUUCCGGACAAAGAAGCAUUCAAAGUUUUCGAAAAAAUUGAAAAGCUUGAUUUGAAAAUUUUCGAGAUAUUUGCGGUGAGUGAAACACUGAAGUUAUUGGACUCACGAGCAUCAAUUGCGACUGCGAAAAAGUCUCUAGAAGCAAUUAUCAAAUCAGUCAGAAGUGCAAUCGAUGCAACCAACGGAGGUUUGGACACUCUUUCCAAAUUGGCACCAUUUCAUUCGGCUGUGAAAGUAUUCAGUUUCUACGAGAAUUCCGCGUUCAAAGAUAUCAUAAUAUCAAAACCAAGCGAUGGGAAGUCGAUGGAUGCAGACAUCGAAAAUAUUAAGAAGCUCCCAGUUACUACUAUUUUCAAAUUGAUGAGCACAGUGGCUUCACGUUCUACAAACAUUCUUGGCAAAUACACUGCAGGCUUCUCAAAUGGUGUACAGGACUUGCAGAAGAUUGAAGUGGAUUUAAAGGAUGAAUGGAUUCAGAAAACCAUGAAUCGUACGGUUGACGGGUUGAAGAACUUCAAAGAACUGAGUAAAACUGCUGCAGUGUUGGAUGGGAAGUUGAAAGGAGUUGGAACUAUGAAGCACUCGGCGUCUGAAGCUGCUCAUUUAGAGAAGCUUAUUCAAAUGUCGAGUAAUGCACCAAUAUCUGCACAGACAAUUAUUGGAUCUAUCAAGCCAUGUACCCCUGUUGCUGUGGAUGGGAAACAUCAGAAAUCAGUGGUAACAGCAAGUCAGAAUUCCCAGUUAUUAGAACGUACGCUCAACGCUGUUAAAAAGAUCUCUGAAUUGAUUGCUACGUCGAAAUUGGGAAACUCGCUGGAUUCAAUACCUGUUGAGACACUCAAAACUUUCACUCGUCAACUGAAGUCGAGUGUUGCACUGAUCAAGAAUCGUGAAACAGUGGCGUUGCUUGCCACUAAAUUAAAAUCAGAAUCAGACCUAAUUGUUGAAUUUAAAGAAAAUGGUAUUGUUAAACCUGUCAUUGGCGUUUUUGACUGUCUGAAAAACAAGAAAGACGACUUUGGUCCAAUUUCAAAUGUUCUAGAAGUAGCAUUGAAGCUCCGUGAACUGAAAAGCAAUCAGGAAUUCUUCACAAAUCUAGAAGAGAUUUCAUCUGAAAUCGCUGGAUCCUCGUCACCUAUCAAAUCAAUUCGUGAUGCAAUUGCAAACAUCAAGAAGAGCAAUAAUACUGAAGAUCUGAUACUGUUGAAGGACUUGCAAAAGUAUUCAGCUCCUUUGGGAAAUGUGGCCACUGCACUUGUGAAUGCCGAGAAGGUUCUGGAGAAGAAGGAUGAUUUGUAUUCAAUUGUUGAAGAUGGAAAGACUGUUGAAGAAGGAUUGAGUUCUUUCAAUGAAACCUUGAAGCGUGCGGUUAGCUCCAAAUGGGGAGACUUUUCCGCUCUUCAACACAAUCUGGUUCUGCUUUUGGGAAAACUUGAAUCCUGGAAAUCAAGCAUCAAGAAGCCAGCUAAUGACACUCUUGUUGCUCUUACUGCAAUGUUCAAAGGUCUCAGUCAACUUCCGAGUGUGGACAUCCAAGCAGAUCUGAAGAUUUCGGCAAUUGAUGAUUUGUUACCCUUACCUAUAUCUCAAAAGCCAAAGCUUGACGAGCUCAAGAGUUCACUCCAAAGUGUUGAGCCAUUGGAUUUGCAAUUUUCCAAAUUCAAUGGAGCAUUGAAGGACAUUUCAACAACUUUCAACGGGCUUCAAUUGGUGUUCUCAAGUGGAAAAACGGGAAAUAAAACUGUUUCGAAAGGCCCAGCUGCAGUGAAGAAAGCGCAGGCUUCAACUCCACCUCCAGCAUCAGACAAUUCCAUGAUGAUCAUCAUUGCUGUCUCGGUUGCAGUUGUGCUCGUCGCAUCCAUCCUGAUUGUCGCUGGUUUGUGGUUCUUUGGAUUUUUGCCGUUUUGCCCGAGAAAGAAGAACUCGAAGACUGCCGGAAGAGAUCAAAAGGGGAAAAGCAAGAAGACUAAGAAGGGCAAGAGCAAGUCGGGCAAGGAGCCGGUGCCAAUUUCCGAAGCAACAAACUCGACACCCUCUGGGGAAGAUGGAUCCAAGAUUGACACUAUUAGUAAAUCGAAGACGGAGCCAAUUCGAGCACCACCAAAGGACGAAGGAAACUACGAGGAUCUUGCAAUUCCACAAUAGCUCUCAUUCUUUCUUUGCUUUUAUCGCUCACAAUGAAAAUCUGUGGAAAAUGAU